AAGGACAAUACGCGUCCCGGGAGCAGGUAGUUCACAUGGUCACGUGCGGCCGGAUCUGUUUACAAGCCCCGCGCUGCCGCAGCGUCUCGCGGCCGCCCGCCGCCCCCAGCGCGAGGCCGUGGAGCUGCGUCUGCGGCGCUCCGGAGGUGAGGCGCGGGUCCCGCGGGGUCAGGCCGGCGCUGUGUGCGUCCCGGUCGCUCGCCCAGGUCAAGCUCCCCGCCCCCGCUCCUGCUGCUGCCGCAGAAAGCCGGCAGCGAGUCAGACUGAUGAACCCUUCUCCUAAACUCUGCGCCUCAGCAUCGCCACAAUGUUGCCAUUCGACUGCUGACGUCGGCGGCUCCACGAGGGACGUAAACACGGGCACGUGCCGCACGCUGGUGACGCGGCGGCGGCGGCGGCGCGCGCACCCCGCCAGCGCGCGCCGGCACCUCCCCUUGGCGUCCCCUGAGCCAGCCCGGGAGCGGCCGCGCUCCCGACUCUCCUUCCUUCCGCGCAUCCUCCUGUUCCUCCGGGCUGGAGCUCGCUGCCGACGGGUUGCCGGCUCCGAGGGCGUUGAGAGUGGCAGGUGUGCCCUGCUGCAUAGGUGGCUUCAGAACCCGGGAAAAGAGACUGAGGCGGAGGAACUGAGACGUUUCGCACUCCAGCUAAGGUACGAAGGUGUCUGACUCACUCCUCCUGCUACCAAAGCAUCUCCUUCAUCAGCCACUUGUCGGGCAAUGUCACAAGCAGCUUCACUGACUUUCUGCCCCUAAAAUGGAGACAGGGUCUCACUAUGUGCCCAGAGGAACUUGAACUCCUGGGCUCAGAAGAUCCUCCAGUCUCACCCUCCCCAGCAGCUGAAACUACAGGCUUGUGCCACAGUGCCCAGCAAUGCUAUUAAGCCAUUUUAUUUUAAGACUGAAAAGGUGGCCACAUCACUCAAAGACUUCUAUCUUUGGUGUUAACAUUGAGUUUCCGCAACAGUAGCUGUGCUAUACAGACCAGGUUAUAAGUGUGCGCAUUCUGUACUCUAUGAUGAGAACAAGGAAGAAACAACUAAAUAAAGUAUUUGUUGAAUGAUUUUCAGCCCAGUCUCCGUACUUAUUCCAUUUACAAUACUGUGCAGUAAUCACCCUGUUGUUCUAUAGAU